AUGGAUUCACUGCUUGCACUCGAGGAGCGGUCCGCCCCUUAUGAUACAGUUACCCAUAACGAGGAAACUAAACAGUGCAAUAACACUGUAAUAGAAAAUAGUGGUGUAGCUGUCAUAAUAUUUGCACUACUGGAGAGCACAGCUGUGGCUGCCAACCAGUUCCCAGACGACUUCUACUUCGGCGCUUCCACUGCCGCCUACCAGACCGAGGGCGCCUGGGACGCAGAUGGCAAGGGCGUCAGCAUCUGGGACUACAUGCUGCACUCCCAACCCAACCUGACCGCCGACGGCCAGAACGGCGACGUGGCGGCCGACUCCUACCACCAUUUCAGCGAGGACGUGCAGGCGCUGGUCGGACUCAACGCGAACGUGUACCGCUUCUCGCUGAGCUGGCCGCGCAUCCUGCCCACCGGGGACACCGACAACAUCAACCAGGCGGGCAUCGACCACUACAAUGACGUCAUCGACGAACUGCUGGCCAAUGGCAUCCAGCCCAUGGUGACGCUGUACCACUGGGACCUCCCCCAGGAACUGCAGAAGCUGGGCGGCUGGCCCAACAUCGUCAUCGCCGACUACUUCGUCGAGUACGCGCGAAUCGCCUUCGAGAACUUCGGAGACAGGGUGAAGCUGUGGCUGACGCUCAACGAGCCGGACAUCUUCUCCCUCGGCUACUCGACCGCCGCGGCGUUCGCGCCCGGCGCCAACUCGUCCGGCAUCGCCGACUACCUCAUGGCCAGGACCAUCCUGCUGGCGCACGCGCGCGUCUACAGACUCUACGACGAGCAGUUCCGUGAGGCUCAGCAAGGCAGGGUGGGUAUCACUCUGGAAUGCAACUGGUACGAGCCUCUGACCAACAGCACGGAGGACGCCGACGCUUCUGAACGUCAGCUCCAGUUCCAGCUGGGGAUGUACGCGCAGCCCAUAUUUUCGUCCAGCGGCGACUUCCCGGAGGUGGUCAAGCAGCGGGUGGCGGCCAACAGCGAGGCAGAGGGCCGCACGAGGUCCCGCCUGCCAGCACUCUCCCAGGAGGAGAUAGACUACGUCAAGGGUGAGUCGCCGGUGUCAGCUGCAGAGGGGGGCGCCGCCUUCCCCCGUGCCCCCUGCCGCUGUCACGCGCCACAGCAGAGCCCGGCAACCGCCUGGCCUAUCCGCGUGGCCUACACGCGUGGUACCGCUGAUUUCUUUGGGCUUAACCACUAUUCAACUUCGCUGAUAACAUCAGGACUACAAGGCUCAAUCCCAUCCAAGGCAUACGACACGGCCGUCGUCACAUCGCCCAUCGAAGGCUACCCGACAGGCGAAGGAAUGACGGAUGUACCGUGGGGCCUGCGCAAGCUUCUCCGCUGGGUGCACAGCCAGUACCCCGACUACCAGAUCUUCAUCACCGAAAACGGCUUCGCUGACCCCCCUGGCGUUCUCAACGACACGGGCCGCAUCCACUACCACACGGGUUACCUCUCCGCCGUUCUACGAGCCAUCAACGAGGACGAAAUACCGGUGAUCGGCUACAGCGUCUGGGCCCUGAUCGAUACUCUAGAGUGGAUGGAUGGAUAUACGAAGAAGUUCGGCCUGUACGCUGUGGACUUUGACGACCCAGAGCGGCCGAGGACGGCGAAGGCGUCGGUGUCGGUGCUGGGGCAGAUCUACCAAAGCAAGGAGGUGCCGCUGCAGGACUUCGAGGACGCCGACACGACGCCCCCGCUGCUCUGA